AAGCCCAAUACAGAACUUCUUGGAUUAGGUUAGUGUAGGUAACAGCAGCUUGUCUUCAUUGUGCUAGUUGUCUCUGCUCAUUCAGAGACUUUCAUCACAGGUACUUUUGCUGGUCACUUUUUAAAACCACUUAUACAGCACCAACAUACUCCACAGCGCUGCACCAUGGGGUCGCUUACCCUUCACGUUAUGAUGUCACUUACGUUUUGCAUGGUGCUAGGAAGUCCCCAACUUCGAAGAGCCAAUGACCGCCAAGGACAAUGUUCCUAUACCUUCACAGUUCCCAGUCCAAAGGAAGGCAGCUGCACAGAACCUGGAGAAGCAAUGACUUCUAUAAGGGAACUGCAACGUGAAAAAGCUGCCCGUGGCCAAGAGAUGGAUACAUUAAAAAUUAGACUGAGUUUGUUAGAGAAGGUGGUGAACAGGUUCUUAGGCGGGGAAGGAGCAGGACAAGGAACUUCUUCACCCCAAGCCUGGACAGAUUCUCAGAAGGAGUUGGAGAAGCUUAGAUUGGAGAAGGAUGAAUGGGAAGGUCAGCGUGGCAGUCUGGAGAUGGCUUAUUCUGACCUACUGAAGGAGAAAUCUUCUUUGGAAGAGGACAAGCAAAGGUUAAACGAGAGACUAGAACAGGUGCAGCAAACACAAUGCCCCCAAGUUGCUGAGGUAUCAAGGGGUAGGGAUCAGCAGUUAUCACCAAGGCAAGCAUCAUCAGCCCAUGGCAGUCAUGGAAGUGGAAUCAGAACAUCCUCGGUAUCAGCAAAAGAUGGAGCAAGAGAUUCUUCUCGAUGGGAAGCAGAUGGGGUGGGAUACCAGGAGCUGAAAUCAGAGCUGACAGCACUUCCAGCUUCCAGAAUGAUUCCAGAGAGUCAUUCCACACUCCAAAGUUCAGAGAACAUGGGGACAGCUGGAACUUGUGGUGAAGUUACAUGGGUUGGAGAACCUACUACUUACCGAAAGGCAGAUAACAUUGCUGGUAAAUAUGGAGUUUGGAUGAGGGACCCCGAACCAGUAUCUCCAUUUUCUCGUGAAACCAUUUGGAGAAUUAAUACUGUAGGAGCAGAUAUAAGGCAGGUUUUUGAGUAUGAGAUUAUUGACCAGUUAGUUCAAGGUUAUCCAGCCAAAGUUUAUGUUGUUCCUCGUUCCAUGGAAAGCACCGGGGCUGUAGUCUACAAGGGAUCUCUAUACUAUAUUCGUAGAAAAUCUAGAAUACUAGUGAAGUAUGACUUUAAGACAGAGACCAUUGCAAUUCAGAAGGAGCUUCCCAAUGCUGGGUAUCAUGGUCAAUACCCUUACUCUUGGGGAGGCUACACCGAUAUUGACCUAGCUGUGGAUGAGAUGGGUUUGUGGGUGAUCUAUAGUACAGAACAGGCUAAAGGGUCUAUAGUCAUAUCCCAAUUAGAUCUAAAAACCUUAGAAGUAAAGCAGAGCUGGGACACUACCAUUCGCAAACAAUCAGUAGCUAAUGCAUUCAUGAUCUGUGGCACACUGUAUACUGUGGGAAGCUACUCUUCCCCAAGCACCACUAUCAACUUUUCUUAUGAUACUCGGACAGGUGUCCAGAAGCAAAUUGGCAUCCCGUUCCAGAAUCGCUACGGCUAUAACAGUAUGGUGGAUUACAACCCUACUGAAAAGAGACUCUAUGGUUGGGACAAUUAUAACAUGGUGACCUAUGAUGUAAGGCUUUCCAAAAUGUGAGGUGACAGAGAAGCAGAGUAGUAUAUGUGAAAAGGGCAGGGCGGGAUGACUUCCAGAUCGUAUGGGGUACAUUAGAAAGGAGGGGUCAGCUUUGCCAAACUUAGGAAGCCAAAAACUAAGAGGAACUACCUCUCAUGCACUGUCUCCAAAUAUUAUCCGGGCUUCAGCCACUGGAAACGUUGUCUCAUACUGUGAUAUACCAUUUACUCCCUGCAAUACAGGGGAGCAACAGAUGCUUCGCAGAAUUAUUUGGCAUUCAGAGUUACUAGUAGAAUGCAUAAUAGGAAACCAUAUAGGACAUGCAUUUCAUGUAUGUAUUUAUAUGUAUACAAUAAUAUAUAUAUAUAUAUCAUUUAAUUGUUCCAAGCGUGAUAAGUUUGACAGAAAAAUAGCCCAAAAAUUUGCUAGCCUAUUAUGAAAAAUGUAUACUUUUCUUAGUCAGAACAGACUAUUGUAGGUACAAUAAGUCAUUGAAGUGCUCUGUUGACCGAACAUUAACUUUGCUUAGUAAUUAGUGCAAAGUAAAUAAAAACGAAGUGUAAUGAUUUUUAAUGAAAAUCACACAGAAAUAACAGAGACAGAAUUGUAUUGGGAAGGAAAAGCUGCAAACAAACACCAGACCGACCUGUGAUUUCGUUGGAUAGCAAUUUGGCUACAUGAAGCAAAUUGUAUUAUUUUAAAAAUUAGGUCAGUGCUGCUAUUUAUAUUGUACAUACAGACAGGCGGAACACAAGGGCACGGUUACAUUACAUCUUCUUUCCUGAACUGUUGCUGGUUUCUCCUACAGUAUUGUCAGAAUCUGGUUACCUUCAAACAAAUGUUGAAGCAUGCUGCAACAGCUCUGUCUGUGUUAUUUUAUCUCAGUGGCAGUACUUUGCAAUAGAGGCCUUGUGAAACUGGCUUCUGUUCUCGUGCCAUUUACUCAAAAUAAAGAUUUUAUAUAUAUAUAUAUAUAUAUAUAUAUAUAUACAUACAUUGUUUUAUAUCUUUACUGCUUAAAUAUGUCAACAUGGCAGUGCUUCAUUAUAGACAGAAAGUCCAACAAUAUGUAGAGCAAAGAGUAUGGGUACUCACCAAUACAGUGCAAAAAUGGCAACAGAUACUUUAUUGUUACCCAUAAAUCCAAAUAGUAAAUGGUCAUAGUCAACGAUUUGAUCUUUACGGAUUUUUGCCAAGACAACAGAUCUUAGUUAGUAGACGAUCAUCCACAAAGAAUCAGUGUUCUGAAUUAUAUAUAUAUAUACAUAUAUAUAUAUAUAUAUAUAUAUGUGUGUGUAUAUAUAUAUAUAUAUAUAUAUAUAUGUGUGUGUAUAUAUAUAUAUAUAUAUAUAUAUUGCCUCCAGUGCCGUUCCUCUUGGAGUAGUAUAUAUAUAUAUAUAUAUAUAUACACACACACACACACACACAACAUUGGAUAGGCACUCACCCUUCCCUGUAAAUGGAGCCCCGGUGCCUUCUGGAAACUGUUAUACAUACGGCAUUUCCUAGCAUGCAGUGGCACUCAGAGACAGACUCAUGCAGGGCCGGUGCAAGGUUGCUAGGCACCCUAGGCAAAGCUACAGAAUACUGCCCCUGCAUAAAUGUACUAAUGCGGGAUGAGAAUGUGCCAUGAGAGGUGCGAGAUCCAGUGCCGCUGCCGGCAUUUCAACGCCACUGCAACAGCAACUUGCACCCUUCACCUUUAAUUGGAUUCCCCCUUAAAGUAUACAACAUUCUCGGGGGGAGGGGGUACAUUACCUUAAUACUUGCUGUCAAAUCCUAUCUUCACUGCUUUCUUCAGUCAGGUUAGCUCUGCUGGUUACUCACUGAUCUGCCUGAGCUGUCACCUAUAGGAGGAGCCAUAGUGCAGCAGCAUUCCACUAGGUGAUGGACCUCUGCCAUUUAGAUAAAAAGCAGCGCCAGUGACCGGAAUAAUGGGGCCAAGUAUACUGUUGUCUCCGAGGUCCCCUAUCUCAACCCAGCACUCCCACCCAUGCACGCCUUCCCCAGAGCACCUAUAGAUGAUGUGCUGAUGUGUGGCAGCUGGCAAUCAUCUGGCAGUGCAGCGGUGGUUGCUCAGCUACUUCUAGGCGGCCGCAGCAGGAUCCCAAGAGGCAGGGACAGAGAAGCGCCAGAGCUGCACGUCAGCAUGCCCUUUAUACUUUAUAUUUGUGUCUAUUUAAUGGUGCAUCAGGUGUCACUGCAGCUGUGGAACACGGUCCUGGCUGCAGUGCUCAGCUUGCUGUGUCUACUCAAUGCUGCCUUCCCUGGUAUCCCAGAGCUACUGGUUCCCAUUAUACAGCCCACAUCCUCUGGACCCGACAUUUCACAGUGCACCAAGCGCCAAUUGGUGCAAUUAAACUUUUUGCCACCGCACUGUAUUGUAACAAUGGUAGCUGGCUAUACUGGUCUCAGCAGUAUGUGGCGACUCAAUUUCUCUCGUUCAGCGCACUGGGGUAAACCUGAUUGUCUGCCUGCAGUGCUGUCGAAUCGCUGCGUUGGGAGGCGGUGGUCCUGGGCCCCUUGCAGGCAGCUCUGCUCUCACACAUAGCACUGCAGUUCAGGGGCUAAGUCCCGGCUGCAGCGGCCUCCUACAAACCGCCCGCUAGUGCAGCUUGCAAGGCGUUAACACAUACAUCACCGCAGCCACCAGAGAUGGUGUGGGGCUGUGGCACAGCGAAAAACAUUUAAAUAAACAUUUUUACACACCUGGCGCUGGUAAUACAUGUUGACACUGGCACCUAGCGACCCCUAAGCAUUUUGGAACUAUCCAAGACUCAGGGUCCCUUGGUACCUUGUUGCCGGGGCUGACAAAGGGGAGGGGUGUGCAGAAUGCAAUAUGGAGAGAAACAUGGAGAGGGGAGGAAAUAGGAAGGAUGGACAAAUGUAUUAUCUGCUGCAUAGGGCUGCUGUCAUGGGUCCCAACUCCUCAGGGAGUGGGGGACCUGCCACUAUUAAUUACAAAACAAAGGGUGCAGCACACAGCAAUCAUUACAAAAUAUAGGUCCCCCAUUGGUGUACAUUGUUGGUAGAGAUAGCGACUGGACCCCUUUCUCCCUGUCUGUGAGGUUUCACUCAUGCUGGGAGUGAGGGAGAGUCUGCAACUACUUGUCAAUAUACAAGUGUCUUUAAAAGUGUUUGAAUACACUUAUAAAGUGGCAAGUACUUUGCAGCCUGUCCCUCACUCCCAGCAUGCGAUCUGCAAACAGGGAGAGAUCAGGUUACUCACUCACUGAAGCAGCCGACCCACCCGAAGGGCAGCAGUAGCUUCUGUCCUGAUAAAAUAUAUACGGUACAGCAGAGCCAGUCUCAUGUCAUGAUUUCCAUCCUGUAGUAGCCUCACCAUGUCUCCGUACAUGUGCUCCCCCCCUCCCCCUUGCACUGCCACUGAGGUCACUUGCCCAGCCUGACCCAUCAACAUUACGCCUCCGGCGGCAGGUACUCUACCCAGGGUGUGUGCAGCAGAGGCGACCCCUUGUGCAGGUGCCUCACAGUGAUUGCCGUGUAUACAUGUUGCGACCAUGAAGGGUGGAAAAGGCGGGGG